ACCCCACUGACACCGUCCACUACCCCACCGUCCACUACCCCACUGACACCGUCCACUACCCCACCGUCUACUACCCCACCGUCCACUACCCCACUGUCCACUACCCCACUGACACCGUCCACUACCCCACCGUCCACUACCCCACUGUCCACUACCCCACUGACACCGUCCACUACCCCACCGUCCACUACUUCACCGUCCACUACCCCACUGACACCGUCCACUACCCCAUCAUCCACUACCCCACCGUCCACUACCCCACUGACACCGUCCACUACCACACCGUCCACUACCCCACCGUCAACUACCCCACCGUCCACUACCCCACCGUCCACUACCCCACUGACACCGUCCACUACCCCACUGUCCACUACCCCACUGACACCGUCCACUACCCCACUGACACCGUCCACUACCCCACUGACACCGUCCACUACCCCACUGACACCGUCCACUACCCCACUGUCCACUACCCAACUGACACCGUCUACUACCCCACUGUCCACUACCCCACUGACACCGUCCACUACCCCACUGACACCGUCCACUACCCCACUGACACCGUCCACUACCCCACUGUCCACUACCCCACUGACACCGUCCACUACCCCACUGUCCACUACCCCACUGACACCGUCCACUACCCCACCGUCCACUACCCCACAGUCCACUACCCCACUGACACCGUCCACUACCCCACCGUCCACUACCUCACCAUCCACUACUUCACCGUCCACUACCCCACUGACACCGUCCACUACCCCACUGACACCGUCCACUACCCCACCGUCCACUACCCCACUGACACCGUCCACUACCCCACCGUCCACUACCCCACCUUCCACUACCCCACUGACACCGUCCACUACCCCACCGUCAACUACCCCACCGUCCACUACCCCACUGUCCACUACCCCACCGUCCACUACCCCACUGACACCGUCCACUACCCCACUGUCCACUACCUCACUGACACCGUCCACUACCCCACUGUCCACUACCCCACUGACACCGUCCACUACCCCACUGACACCGUCCACUACCCCAAUGUCCACUACCCCACUGACACCGUCCACUACCCCACUGUCCACUACCCCACUGACACCGUCCACUACCCCACCGUCCACUACCCCACCGUCCACUACCCCACUGACACCGUCCACUACCCCACCGUCCACUAGCCCACUGUCCACUAGCCCACUGUCCACUACCCCACUGUCCACUACCCCACUGACACCGUCUACUACCCCACCGUCCACUACCCCACCGUCC